AUGGCGCGGAGUAUGAAUGUGAUUUUGUGGCUCGUUUGUUUCAACUUUGGUCUUCUUCACCAUGCGAAUUCUCUGGGUGGGUCGAAGAUAGACGAUGAUUCCCUUUAUAAAAUUGACUGGACUUCGAGGAUUGAUGGACCACCGCUUCUCGUCAGUACCAAAUUAGGUGAGAAAUACGAAUGUGAUAUCCCUCUCAAUGUAAAAAAUGAAAAGAAGAGGGAUAUCGAUGAAAGCGCUUCAAUAAAUGAACUAGAACUAUUGAAUGAGGUUUUUUCACGCGAGCCUUGCGCUGUUAGGACUGAGUUUUAUUGGACUUAUGAACUUUGCCACAAGGCGCAUAUCAGACAAUAUCAUGAAGAGUUUAAGCCUGACAAGACAAUCAGCUCGCGCCAAGAAUAUUUUCUCGGAUACCUAGACAAUUCGGACAUAGAGAUCGACGAUGACUCCACCCGACACAAAAAGUAUUCCUAUCCUUACUAUCCAGUUAAUUUCACAAUGGGCGAUAUAUGUGAUUUGACUCAGCAGCAUCGUGUUACUACCGUGCUGUACAUAUGUUUUGAAGACAUCGAAGCCCAAAUUGUUGAGGUUGCUGAAGUUGAGUCCUGCCGCUACCAGGUAAUAUUCGCAACGAAGCAUCUAUGCCGUCAUCCUGCCUAUCAAGUAAGUUAUUGUUGCCUUCGUUCUUUGAUCCAAGAUGUCAUUUUACUCUUAUACACUUGGCUUGUUUAUAAAAUACAUAAAUCUCGAAGGAGUGUCAAAUAA